CAGGGCGCUAGCUUGUUGGUUGUCUGGUCUUUCUUGAGAAAUAAAUGUUGGGUUGCAUCCGCCGAAGGUCUGCGAGUCUGAUUCCACCCUGAAGGAUAAAAUUGGCACAGUCCUCCAGGGGAACGAACCUCUUUCUGCCAUUUAGGCAACCAUUUUGGCGAAGCCAAGCCAGGAGCCUGUCCUGGACCACCUGCACUCUCAAGAAUGUCUGAUUCUGUGCUCGGAAGUGAUCACCGGGUCCAUUUGGAGCCGCCGGCCAGUCUUGCGGACGUGAGAGAAGCCAGAGGCUAAGGGACGGGUGCUCCGGAAAAGGGAGAAUCAGACCAGACCUAGCGGACCAGGGAGCCGUCGGAUGCGACUGGCUGGAUUUCGCGCAAGUUGCCGGAAACGAAGUGCGACUCUUCUGCGCAUGCGUGUUUUGAACCUGGUGGCGCCGGGAGACAGGACGAGCUUCCGGAUGAAACACUUCAAGUCCAACGUCUUCCGGGCACCUUUAUGGGGCCUCUGAAACAGCCCCCUGUGCAGCUGGACUUCCAAGACUUCCUGGCUAUUUAGACAUGCCUGAAAUAAAAGUCACUCCCUUGGGAGCCGGCCAAGAUGUGGGCCGGAGCUGCAUCCUGGUGUCCAUCGCAGGGAAGAACGUCAUGUUGGAUUGCGGGAUGCAUAUGGGUUAUAAUGAUGACAGGCGCUUUCCUGACUUCUCAUACAUCACUCAGAACGGGAGGCUGACCGACUUCCUGGACUGUGUCAUCAUCAGUCACUUCCACUUGGACCACUGCGGGGGCCUUCCAUACUUCAGCGAGAUGGUCGGCUACGAUGGGCCCAUUUACAUGACCCACCCCACCAAGGCCAUCUGCCCCAUCCUCUUGGAGGACUUCCGGAAAAUCACCGUGGAUAAGAAAGGGGAGACCAACUUCUUCACCUCCCAGAUGAUCAAAGAUUGUAUGAAGAAAGUCGUAGCCGUCCAUCUUCAUCAGACAGUCCAGGUGGACGAGGAGCUGGAGAUCAAGGCCUACUAUGCGGGCCACGUCCUUGGGGCUGCCAUGUUCCAGAUUAAAGUUGGCUGCGAGUCUGUGGUUUAUACUGGUGAUUACAACAUGACUCCCGACAGGCAUUUAGGAGCUGCCUGGAUUGACAAAUGCCGCCCGGAUCUGCUCAUAUCCGAGUCCACCUACGCCACGACCAUUCGAGACUCCAAGCGCUGCCGUGAGAGGGACUUCUUGAAGAAAGUCCACGAAGCCAUCGAACGGGGAGGGAAGGUCCUUAUCCCGGUAUUUGCUCUGGGACGUGCUCAGGAGCUCUGCAUUUUACUGGAGACCUUCUGGGAACGGAUGAACCUGAAGGCUCCCAUCUACUUCUCGACGGGCCUGACGGAGAAGGCCAACCACUACUACAAGCUCUUCAUCACCUGGACCAACCAGAAGAUCCGGAAGACCUUUGUCCAGAGGAACAUGUUUGAGUUCAAACACAUCAAGGCCUUUGACCGGGCCUUCACCGACAACCCAGGGCCGAUGGUUGUAUUUGCCACACCGGGGAUGCUUCACGCGGGACAGUCCCUCCAGAUCUUCAAGAAAUGGGCCGGCAACGAGAAGAACAUGGUGAUCAUGCCGGGGUACUGCGUGCAAGGCACCGUGGGCCAUAAAAUCUUGGGCGGACAGCGGAAGCUGGAAAUGGAAGGGCGACAAAUUCUUGAAGUGAAGAUGCAAGUGGAAUAUAUGUCCUUCAGCGCCCACGCUGAUGCCAAGGGGAUCAUGCAGCUCAUUCGCCAGGCCGAGCCACGCAACGUCCUCCUCGUUCACGGCGAGGCCAAGAAGAUGGAGUUCCUCAAGCAGAAGAUCGAGCAGGAAUUCCACGUGAACUGCCACAUGCCUGCCAACGGAGAAACGGUGGCCGUUCUCACCAACCCCAACAUUCCCGUCGACGUUUCGCUCGGACUGCUGAAGAGAGAACUCUCAGCCGGCCCCUUGCCAGACACGAAGAAGCCCAAGCUGAUGCACGGAACCCUGAUCAUCAAGGACAACAACUUCCGCCUGGUCUCGCCCGAGCAGGCCCUCAAGGAGCUGGGCUUGGGGGAACACCAGCUGCGCUUCACGUGCCGGAUCCAUUUCCAAGACCCCCGCAAAGAGCACGAGACGGGGCUGUGCGUUUACAACCACCUCAAAGGUGUCUUGAAGGAUUAUUCUGUCCAGCACCUCUCUGACUCCUCCAUCAUGGUGGAAUCCAUCCUGAUCCAAGUCACUGUGCAGUCCGAAGACCCAGCUACAAAACUUCUGCUGGUGUCAUGGACAUACCAGGAUGAAGAAAUGGGUAGCUACGUUACUGCCUUGUUGAAGAAGGCACUGCCCCAAAUCACCGCGUAAGCCCUGGGCAUCUUUUGAAGCUGCUGGAAGUUGGCAAACCUCAAAAAAUAUAAAGAACUAUGUAAAUACGUAAGUUGUGGACAGUGGUGUGUUUGUGUGUGUUUAAGUAAAGGAUUUUUAGUUUCAAUAUUA